AUGGACCCCGCAUCUGUGAUUAGGGUCAUUGACGUCGUCACCGAGGUCACACAGGCUAUCUACGUCUACGGCGAUGGCAUCAAAGAAUGCAGAACGGAGGUCGCGCAACUACGCUGCGAGCUUUUCGGGAUGCAGGCAGCGCUCACACAGAUGGAGCAGGACCUGAAAUUCAUGCAAGAGAAUAGAAGCACAUACAUUGUGGCUUCGUCAAACCUGCAAUCUCCCCAAUGCCAAGACAUGCUCCAUGAGACACGUUUGGUUCUUGGGAAGCUUGCUGAUACUCUCAGAACUGGCCCGUCGAGAACACGCCAGCUGACAACCAAAUUGACAUGGCCUCUAAAACGGCCCCAAGUCCAAGCGUUGGCGACGCACCUGGAGCGUCUCAAGACUUUCUUCAUCCUCACCGUGACAAGGGACAGUCUACAGUCUACACAAGACAUGCAAUCUUCUGUCGAUGCAAUAUUUCAAUCUGUUCAAGAACUUCAACAAACUCAAGAGGAAGAAGCUGUGUACUUGGAUGCCAUGAAGUGGCUUGCGCCCAGCGACCCCAGCAUAGCCCAUGCUACAGCUUCGUCUUGUCGCUUGGCAGGCACAAAUUCCUGGUUCUUGGACAAGACAUUUAAGGACUGGGCUUCUGGAACCGCCCCAUUUCUUUGGGUGAAAGGAAAUCCCGGCUCCGGCAAGACAUGCUUGCUGUCCGCCUGUGCUGAUAGACUCCUGCAAUCAGAAUGCCUCGUCACCUACUUCUACUGUUCUUACAACGACUCCUCAUCGCAGGAGCCUCGCAAUAUACUCGGCUCGCUCGUCGCUCAACUCUGCCGGCAGCGCGCGGUCAUUCGGCAUGCGGUGAUCUCAGCCUACCAAGAGUCCAAGUCGCGCAACAGCUUAGUUGAUCUGGUGCAGGUCCCAAUGCUUGUUUCGCUGAUUCAAAGGAUUGCUCGAGCACUCUCAGAUGAAAUCUUCUUAUUUGUGGACGCCGCGGACGAGUGUGGAGAUAAUCUAGCUGCUGUGCUGGAGGCGCUUUUCAAAGCUGUCACCAGCGGAGUCAGCGGGCGCGUCCGACUCAUGCUUUCAAGUACUGAGAAUGUAGCACAGACGAUUCAAGAUAAUAUCACUCUGCACGGCGUACCGACGAAUAAAGUCAAGCUGGAUGUCGCCAUGGUCAGCAACGACAUUGACGCGUACGUCACGAACCGAUUUACGCGAGAGUCCAAGCUCAAACGGCUGCGGCCUGACCUACAAGCAUCACUCAUUAAGACCAUCCAGUCUCAGCAUCAAGGCUCCUUUAGAUGGGCCAGUUGCACAAUCGAUGAGCUCCUGAGACGCACCACUCCAAAAGCCAUCAAGAGUGCUCUAGACGGAGUGGCUUCUACCCUUGGGGAUAUUUAUAUCGGAGUAUUGCGGAAUAUUCCAAGCGACAUGAAGGAUGUGGCUAGGUGCAUGCUCCAGUAUCUGGUGUCAGCCAUGCGGCCACUUACUCUCGGCGAGCUGGGAGAAGCUGCGUCCCUCGUGUUCACCGAUGAUUUUGGAGAAGACGACCGUCUCAUCGAACCAGAGGCCAUUGUACACUCUUUGCAUAGCCUUGUUCACUGCGAUACCGGAAAUGACUGCAUCGAGCUCGCCCAUUCGUCAGUUCGCACCUUUCUCACCAAUUCCGAGCUUUCAGGCGCUUACUACGUUGAUCCAGCCGCCGCAAACUCCGUCAUGCUGCAUGCCUGUCUCUACUAUCUCGCACUUCCGCCAUUCAAGCACACGUGUCCUGACGAGGCCGCACUCGCGACGCGCAAACGAGAGUGGCCUUUUCUUGAGUAUGCCGCCUGCUUCUGGACGCGGCAUGCACGAGCCAUGACACUACCGCAUUGCGAUGAACAGAGCUACCUUGCGCUGUUUUCCAAGUUUGCCGCCUCAGCUGGCCACUUUGCGGCGUGGUAUCAGUGCAUCUACCCGCAGGGGGGGCCGCAGAUCUGGGAGACAAGGCCGCUAUACAUGUGCGCCCGCGAGGGCCUCAUCGCGCCUCUGCGUGCACUGCUAGCUAGCUGCGGUCCUGAUGAGCUGGAGCAGCGCGGCGGCGCCCGCAGCUCCACGGCGCUACAUGUCGCAGCCACUUACGGCGAGGUUGAGGCCGUCCGGCUCCUGCUGGCUGCAGGCGCAGACCCCAAUGAGAGAAACGCGGCCGGCGAGAGCGGGAUUCAAUGGGCCGCGUUCUGGCACCAUGACGAGACGGUCCGCGUGCUGCUUGAGGCCGGCGCAUCUCCGGACCUACUCACAUAUCAGGCCAAUCCAGAGCUCUACACUCGAAUGGUACUGCACUCUCAGACAUCUCUAUCUAGGCAUGCAGGCGCGGAGGAGGAUAGUACCUUGAAGGCGAGUGAACUGCAUCUAGAUGAUACAAGAGCUAUGAUUCUAUGA